UGUCAUAAGUGAAGCGGUUUAGCGGCAGCUGUUUUCCUCUUGAAUUACAUAAAGGAUGAAUUACUACCUUUCUAAACGCUUAAAUGAUUCUCAAAAUGCGAAUUUAAAUUAAUAGUUAGCUCCUUCAUAUAUUGUACAUCUUUUUGUCCGUAUUUUCUUUAGCAUGUAUAAAUUAAAAAGUCUGUGUGUGCUUUAUUGACGAGCACAUAAUUUAGGUAUUUAUUAAAUUUAACUUUCUCGGGACAUUUGAAAUGUUUUUUUUAUACUGCAGGAAUUAAGCUACGUUGAGAGAAAUGAAAAAGCCCUGCAUACUGGUCAAAGUAUAUCUUAAACAGAAAUGAUUAAAACAGGUAUAAAAACUGCAGAAACUGUUUCCUUGUGGGCCAAAAAUUGUUCAAAACUGGAUGUUGGUUUGCAAUGAAGCUUGUUGAAUCUUUUAAGUGAAAAUGCCAGGUAUUGUUAUAUUUAAAAGACGAUGGCGAAUAGGAAGUGAUGACUUUGUGUUUCCUGCUUUGGCUGAAUUUUUCCUAAGGUUAAUUUGGUUUGUGGUGGUGCUCGUUUUAUUUCUGAAGCACUUGCCUCACUUGAAAUGCUCCGGAGAGAGGCUGCUUCACACCUACCUGAUCCUCUCGUUAGCGGGGCUGGGCUUCAUUCUGUUGUUGGAUGCCCUCAUUGCUUGGAUCAGUUCAAGAGGAACAGUCGUCCAGACUAGACCAAGGAGGCAUCUAUGCAAAAUUUUAUAUCUUCGUUUACUGGUUAUGAUAAUGGAAAUAGUAUGGAAUGGAAUAGGUACUAAAUGGGCUUUUACACCUGCAGAUCAUGUUUGUGAACCAAAAGAAGUGAUCACUUUAGUCCAGGUUAUAGCAAUUUGUAGUUGGGUUGUUCUUGGAAUCAUGAUUUUUGGAAUAAUAUUAGUCUUCGAUCCAGUUGGCUCCUAUAGAAAUAAUGGAAGCGGACAUAGAGUUGCUGAUGUAGAAAGAGGUGAACCACAGGCUCUCUAUAUUAAUUUAAAUAGGAAUCCUGAAAAGGCUAAAAAAAUUUGGGAAUGGCAAAUACGCCUAUUUUGCUGUUGUUGUAAUCAAGAUGAACAGAGCAAGAAUGCUUAUUCAGAUAUUUCUAAGUUAUUCACUUAUUGGUUUGAAGAUGUAGAUUUGGUGCCAUCAGAUAUUGCUGCUGGCUUGAUUCUUCUACAGCAGAAGCAAGCUACUGAAAGUGGAAAUAGAGUUUCUACCUCACAACAUUCUGAAAAUUUUUCAGUGCAGUCUCCCGAUUCUUUAACUAGUACUGGAGCUGUUCAAGGAAGUAUUAUUUCAAGCCCAGGUGUUUUUACUCCACCUGCCAACCAGUUUUGGAUGACUCCAGAGCUUGCCUGUCAUUUCAUGAAGUUUGCGCAAGGAAGCUAUGGAUGGCCCGUGUUCCUGUAUACAAAUAUUUUCACUGGCAUGUGCCAAAUUUGGAAGCAUAUAAGAUGCUGUGCUUGUUGUUGCAAACCUACCAGCUACAUAAUUGAUGACAACUGCUGCGAGUGUCACACAGCUGUCCUGAAACAAGUCACGGGUCUCUCAGAUGAAGAUCUCAUUUUUGUGUCUUUCCACAACAGAGUAUAUGAAAUACCGUUCUUUGUCGCCAUCGAUCACCAGACUUGUUCUGUCGUUGUGUCUAUUCGAGGCACACUUUCUCUGUCCGACACACUAACAGAUUUGUCAACCGAAUGUGUCAAAAUCAUCAUGGAUGGAUGCUCUCAGGGAGUGUCUUGCCACGGAGGAAUGUUAAGGGCUGCGUUGUUUAUUAAAAAUAAGCUUGAAGAAAGCCAUGCACUGAGUGAUGCAUUCGCUCUCCACCAGAGUUAUUCUCUUGCCAUAACAGGCCACAGUUUAGGAGCUGGUGCUGCGGCUCUCCUUGCGGUACUUUUGCGUCCUAUUUAUCCAAAUUUGCGCUGCUAUUCUUUUAGCCCCCCUGGUGGUCUGAUGAGCCUCGAGGGAGUGAAGUAUACUGAAGAUUUUGUAAUGUCCAUUGCUCUUGGAGAUGACCUAGUGCCAAGAUUGAGUGUGCCAAAUAUUGAAGAUAUGAAAAGGAAACUUCUGAACUGCAUUUCAGAUUGUGAACAACCGAAAUGUAAAAUAUUUCUUCACAAAUUGUUUGAUUGUAUUGGAAAGAAGCCUUCUCAAACGGAUGCCAGCACAGCUCCCUUAUCUCGUCCUUUACUUGAACAUUUUGGGCAAACUAAUUCUUGUGGAAAUUAUACAACUAACAGUUCACAGGAAGGUUCGUCUGAGAGCAGUGUGAGUAGUGGACAAACUGCAGUUCAUUCUCGGCAUUCAGCUCCAGUUCCGUUGUACAUUCCUGGUCGAAUGCUGCACUUGUCACGAACUGAUUCUGGUUACAAUGGACGAUGGGUCUCCUAUGACUACUUUAAUCAAAUAAUAAUUAGUCCCACAAUGUUAUCUGAUCAUAUGGUCUAUAAUGUAUAUAAUGCUCUGAAGCAGUUGGUCAGUAGUUCUGGGAAUUUUCCAUAACCAGUAUUUGUUGAUGAAAAGAAUUAAAAUAAUAAUUUUUAAUGAAAUAAAAAAGAAAUACGUACAUUUUUGCCACUUCAAAGUUUGUCUGAUGGCUACUUGUAUGCAUAGGUUGAAUUGAAUGUUAAAUUGAGGCAAGUGUUCAUAAACCAUGAAAAGUUAAUGUUGUACAGAUUUUAGUAUAAUUUAAAUUGUAUUUUACUUCUGAUAUCAAGCAAAAAUAAUAGAAAAUAAUGUCCAAGUUUGUUAAAUGAGAUUUUAAACAAUAGUAAACCUAAUUUUGACUUUACAAAUACUACUUAAAACAUAUUAUUUAUUAGUUAUUUCACACUUGCCUUAAUAUACCAUAGAAUAUUUAACAGGUCAUAUGCUUCAUAAACAGUGUGCCAACAAUUAGUUUAUAUAUUUAAAACAUUACUUGCUUUAUCUUUAAAAUUGAGAUCAUCUAUUCUUGAAGUGUACCUUGUUUUAUUUGUGUUAUGCUGUGAAAAAGUUUAUAUGCUAAAAAGAUACAUUCAUAGUUUUAUUUAGAAUUGAAUACAUAUAUAUUUAAUUUUCAACCCAAAUUGCACAAGACUUUUUAAAAAUAUAUUUUUCAUCUUAAGGGAAUUUGUAACUUGUGCAUUUUGUCAAUGAAGAGUUUUCAGAUUGAACCAUAUAGUAUUUCAUAGCAUUAAAUACACAAGCCUGCAAAAUUGAACUCUUUGAAAAAUACAAGAGAAGUUUUCGUUGAGUUUUAUGUUAUUUGGUGACCUGAUUUCGAAAAUAACCUCCAUAAUUUCUCAUCAUGCCAGAAUUUUUUAUAAAGUCAAUAUCAAUAUUUUUUUCUAAAAUCUUAUUUGAAAAGGAAUUUUCACUAACAAUUUUGCAUGUGCUAUUUGAUAACAGAGGAUUUUAUCAUUUAAAUUUAUAUAAAAUCGAUUCUUGUUGAGGCAAAUUGAUUUUUAAGCAAUCAGUUAAUUUUGUAUAGGUGAACUUAAGUGGAUGAAAACCACUGUUGCCAAAUCGCAUGAGUCGCCUCUUGUCAAGAGAAAAGCAUUAAGUUACCUUGAGUUUAAGCUUUUUAGAACAAAUUAUGAUGCAGUUUCUUGAGAAAAUCACCAAAAUACUAUUUUAAUUUGUUUUUACAAGGUAACUUACAAAAAAUGGACGAUUGAUCAAAAGGAGAAAAUCUUACAUAUGUGUACUUGUAAGUUUGAAACAAAUUUUAAAUUGAGUAAAAAAACAAAACAAGACAAAAGUUACUAUUUAAAAGUAGUACUCUUUUUGCUUUGAAACUUCUUUUUGACAUUCUUCUUUUAUGUUCAAUCUCAGGCCUAUCUUGUGUUAACAUUCAAUAGUAAUUGACGAGCAUGUUUUUGCCUCACUUACCUUGAUAUUUGCACUCCUUAUCUUUGAUGUCUUGGUUUAACCUUUCACCCUGUUAUUCGCAGACUGCUCCUAAAUUGUCAGAGAUAAAGUCCACAUAAAUGAAGGAAAUGUACUUUGACACUCAUGGAGCAAUCCGAUGCUUUAAAUUUAUGCAACAUUUUCAUAAUAAUUUCUUUAUAGUCCGAAUUCUUGUAGUUACCCAGAAAUUUAUUGAUGAGUCUUUGAAGUCAACCCAGGCUUCUUUUUUCUUUGUUAUCAUGGUGGUCUCAAAUUAUUUAUUCUUCAUAGACUUGUGGAUAUCUAGACAAACAAAGAUUUCUUCUUUCAACUUGGCUUCUGAUAAACCCGGAAACUUUUUGCACAAAUAUUUAAAACAAUCGCCACCUUUGGAAUAGCGUCAUCUAACCGCGAUUCAAAAUUACGAGGUCUAUCCCAAAAUAGCCCUAGCGUUGCUUUAAAAUGGGAUGUUAAUAUAAUUAUACUUAACUAAACUUUUAGAAUAGCCUUGACAAACUGCUUCAUUACACCUAAUUUUUAUACAUGGGGGUAACAAUUUUUUUUUUUUUUUUUUUUGCUCAGUUAAGUUGUUCCGAAUAACAUUCUUGUUGCCUGAUUCAAGAUUUCGUCUGGUUUGGCCAUUCUUUUUUGAGUCUUAUUGUGGCUGUCCCACUCACAAAUGAAACAUGGAAACUUUGAAUAUCCGCCUUGUGGGCCAAAAAACAUGGAUGUAACUUUCAAAUCCCCGCAAAUGGCUCUACCAUGGUCAGUAUAGUUUAUUUUGUUGAGCAUGAGAGCUAGGUUUUCACGGCCUUUAAUAUACCUUUUAAAUACACGGAGUGUCCAUGGUACAGAUGCAUACUGGCUUCCGUAAUGAAGAAGGGCAGCUUUAAGGCUCUUUUUUUGGCUUUUGGCAGCUUAAGGCUUUUUUGUUGAAUCUAUAAACAGCAUCCAUUCAUCUUUAUCGUAGAGGAUAUUAAAUUUGGCCAUCAAAUCCGGGAACAUCAGAACAAUAGACCAGGUUCUCCUCUUCCUCAAAGUACUUAACAAAUUCUUUUACCAAUAAAAGGAGGUUUCUUUGGCCAUGGAGGUGUCACAGAGGAAUAUUAUAUAGAUUUCACCACAGCAAAAUGUUGGAUAGAAAUGGAGGGAAGAAAUUCUGUGCUGAAAAAUUUAUGGUAGAUAUUCAUAAAAAUCCAAGUAAAAUUCAAUUUUUUAAGAAAUUGUGACAUGAUUGAAAUUUUUCAUUAUUUUAAAUUUCAGCACCAAAAAAUACAUAAAGUUCAGCUAUCAGUUCACUUGUAUUUUUUUUAUCGCAGGCCUGUGAUAUUUUUAAAACAAUAUUCCUCUUGACUUGUGUCAAAACAUACAAAUAGAAAUUUCUUAUUAAAAGUCAAAACAUGUUGCAUGUUUUUACACACAGAAAUUUGUCCCAUUGACAUAACUUUGUAGCUUAAUAUUUCAUCAUUUUUUUUUUGUGCUGUAUCUUAUUUUUCAUCUCAUCAGAUGAAUGAAUUGUUCUUUCUGUUUGCAAACUUUAUCCUAUAUUUUUAUGUAGUCAUAAUCUAGUAGCAUAUUUGAGCUUAUUUGUUUUUUAUCUUUGUUUUCUUUAUAUUUUUACUGUGAUGUGCACAACAUCUGUUUUGUAAUUUAUGUACUAACUAUAUUUGUGAGAUAUAUAUUGUGUUUGUGAUUUCAUUAUUUUGACGUUUGACUUAAAGAUCAAUGUAAAGACAUGCUAGCAAUGGUGAUAAUAUAUUCAAAUCAAAUCACUGCUGAAUCUUUAUUUUUAUAUUUUAAAAAUUCCUUUCUUUGUUGGGAAGGAAACUUCCUAAAUAAACAUUAGUUAUUUAUAUUUUCUAUCUAUAAAAACAUUUCCAUGUCUCAUCAAAAUAUAUGGUAUAUUUUCAAAAAUCUAAUUUCAAUGCAAUAAAGAGUUGGAAUGAUUUGAAAAUGCAGUAAACUCGACUAUCAAAUGUAAUGUAGCUGGAGUGAGACCAGUACCAAAAAAUUUUUUUAUAAAAGCUCAAAAAUAAUUAAAACAUUCCUUUUUAUAACAAAACUUCAUUGUUGUAAAAACAGCCCUGUAAUAAAAAUUUUAUAUGCAUUUUAAUAUAAAUUUUAAUAAGAUUUAAAUUAAUUGUAUAAUAAUAAAAUCAUAUAAACUGUGCAAUAUAGGUUUUAUUCAUUCAAAAUUUAUUUUAAUUUACUUUACUAUUCAUUGCUUAAUGAAUAUACUAAUAUGGAAAGGGAGGCAGAAGCAAGAGUAAACAGCACCCAGGCUAUAGUUUGUUUGUUUUUUCCCAUCGAAUGUAUCGUAUGAUUUUCCACCCAAUGGAAAAUGUAUCAUUUUUUGCCAUUUAUGAAAAAAUAAAAUUCUUAAAAGUUAUUAUGUUAAGAAUUUUACCCUUUUCUUUGUAGCUUUAUGAGUAUUUUUAAAUUUUGUAAAUUAGUAAGAAUUUUUUUUUUCUUUUUUGAAAAACCAAAAAUUAUUUUAAAAAAUAUUAUGAAAACGUUUGAAAUAGGCCUCCCACCCAUAGCUUACUUUUAGAAAGGGGUAUUUUGUUUCUAUAAUAUAUAUAGAAGUGGGAAAUUAUUUAUGCAUGAAAUUCCUAAAAAUUGCAUACAAAAUUUGUAAUAAUUCGCAUAGCAUUUGUUGGUUUAUAUUUUCUUUUAAUUCUUUAAAUUGAGAAAUUAAAAUGGAUUACUUAAGAACUGCUGUUAAUAAUUCAGCAAAUUUAUUGAUUCAACUCGAAAUCAGUUCAUUCAAGUGGAAUCUGAAUUCUAGUUUUGAAAUUAUCUGGUACCAUUUAUAUGGAUAAUUGUAAAUUCAUAAUAUAUCUGCCAUUUAUUUUCCACAUUAGAAUAUUAAAAAUAGAAAUGUUUUGCGUGAAUCAAGGAGGAGAAAUGUAAAUCUUACAUGCAUUGUAGGUUUUAAAUAUAAAUAAAUUGUAAUUUAAUAAAUGUAGAAGAUUUUUAUGUUGAAAAAAAACCCUUUUUUUUUAUUAUUUAUGUUUAAAGUACAGUUAAUGGGUUUAAUAAGUGAUUAUCGAAUGAGCAAUGAGGCAAAUUAAAAAUUGAAUUAAUAUAUUAGAAUGAAAUAUAUAUUAUAAUAAAUAGUUUUACUUAUUUACUAUAUUAAGUAUCUAUUAAGUAGCGUACAAUGAGCAGGGAAGCUUGAUAAAAAGAAAGUGUGGUGUAUCUGUAAUAAGUACUAAAGUAAGGGAACACAGAAGCUAUGAUUGUGAGAAGGAAAAAAACAGAACAGUCUGCAUUCUGUGGCGAUUCCCAAAAAUGCACAAGAAACUAACGAAAAGAAAAAAAAAAAAAAAAAAAAAAAAAAACAGAUUUUGCACAUUGAAAAGAAUCUCACAAAAUGCUUCAUUUUGCCAAUUUUUUGUACUUGCUUUGGGAUUUUUUUUUUUUUUUUCUUCUGCAUAUAUGUCAGGAUGUAUAUAAAAAAAGGUAAUAAUAAUUUCUGAAAAAUAUCAUUGUGGAAGUUUGCUUAUUUUUGUAAAAUCAUCAUUCCAGAUGAAUUAUUAUUAGUUUAAAUAUUUACUAAUGCGAUUAAAGUAUAAUAAAAUGAUAUUUUAUUCGUCUUUUAAAAGAAAACAUAAAGACGUUUUGAGAGAAUACAAAGGAGAGACGAAGUAGGGGUUUGCCAUUUGUUUUGAAAUAAUUUUAAAGAUUUUAAAAGAAUUAUAUAUGUUAUCAUAGAUUUAUAUUUAUGAAAAAAUAAUUGUUCCUGUCAUUAUUUUAUAGUAGAUGCAUAAAAGUGGCAUUUAUGAUAUAUUUAGAAAUGUAAAUGGAUACUAUUUUUUUUAUUUACUUUGUGUUACUAAAUAAAUAUUUUAUAUUUCCGAAUAUAAGCCAAGAACUUUUGGGGAACUUCUUCUAAACUACAGAUAUGUAUGAAUUCACUCAUCUCUCAAAAAAUGUAAGUACAUUUUCGUUAGUUAGGAGUAUGCGAUCCAUAGCUAAUGAUCGGCAGUAUAAAACCUUUUUUUUUAUUUCUAUUGCUUAUUUUUCUGAAGAAAAAAUGAAUUUAAAAAGAAAUGAGCUGUAUUUGUGUGUGUGAAUGAGUUAUUUUACCAUCGAAGCUGUUUAUUAUUGCUUGUCUGUUCUGUCGGGCGGAAGAUGUGCGGGUGGAAUUUUCCGUAAACACGAUCACUUGCAGUUUCUCUACCCUCCUAUCUUUCAGUCCAAAUGACGUAGAAAACGAGAGCAGCACAUCGCAUACCAAAAAGAAAGAGGGUGGUCUCACCCAAACUUUCUCGCAUACUCUCUACUAAACUUGCAAUGCUAGAGAGAGUCUUGCGUGGUGUUGGCAUGGCAUAGUUUCGAUUUGGCAUGAACCUUUAGCAUUUUUAAUGAGUCUAUUGUGUCGUCCUUGGUGAGGAUUUUUUAUUUAUUUAUUUUUGCGAUUCAUCCCUAGCAUGCCGGUGACAGUAUCCGAAAAUCGAAUGUGUGCUUUUGACAUGUUUUUCUCAACAGACAGGAAAGUGCAUUUGCGGUCACAAAAUUCCAUACCAAAUGUGUUAAGUUAUUGCGUUUUCGAAUGAACAUAUUUCUAGAAGUACAGACCGACCCUCAACCCGUUGUUGGAUUUGUAAAAAUGGGAGAGUUGUCUACACUCUGGAUGUGAAAUGUGUGUACCGAAUUUUAUCUGUCUAGCUCUGUUCGUUUUGUAAUUGUGUUCGCUUAUAUUCGAGCAGACGAACUUCCUCUGAACAGAUUUCACUCAAAAUCGGGUCGAAAGCUGCAAAUGGGGUGUAACAACCGUCAACCACAUUUCAGCCAUCUUACUCAAAGCGUUUUUAAGUUAUCUUUGUCACAAACAAACAGACGGACGGAUUUCCUAAAAAUGUGUUUUUCAAACUCAGGGAGAUACAACAUAGAGAGAUUCAUAAAAAAUCUGAAGAUUUUUUUUUUGAUGAUUACUAUUAUUUUUUAUACGAUGUAUACGAGGAAGUAAAAAGUGCUUGGCUUCAGAUGAGGUGACCAAAGCUAAAACGAUCGCCAUUGGCUUUGUGUGUUUUAUUUUAUAACGACUUGAUUGGAAACGAUUCCGCCCGUUUUAUCACCUUGGCAAUAUUUUACCUUCACCGCGGGAUUUUUUUUAAAUUUUAAUUUCGGCUUAUAAACUGAUUUUGAAUGAACGGUAAAUUUUUGGAGGGAAAACACAAUUCCGGCUUAUAUUCAUUAUAUUCAGAAUUAUACGAAAUCUCUUAUGGAUGUAAAUAUUAUACAUUAAAAUAUCAUAUUUUUUUCUUAAGAUAACAGAUGUUGUUGUUUUUUAAAUUUGUUACUUUUGAUCUAAAUAAUGAACUCCUUCCUUUCAUUUGUUGAAAAUCCCAUCUUUAGAUUCCAUUCAGUGAGGUUUAGUGAGAGAAAAUAUCUACAAACAUUUUGAUUUAUUUUUGAGAAGAAAGGUUUAUUAUUAUUAGUGAAAUGGAAAAUGCGGGGUUUCUGGCAUCCUCUAAUGCCAGAGGAGAAGAAAGGUAACAUGAAUUUUUAUUUUUAAUGAUAUACUGUGUAUUAGGAACCCGUUGCCAGCAUGGUCUGAAUAAUAGAAAAUGUGCAUUUAUUUGUUGUUAAAAGUCGUAGUAUUUAUUUUCUGUUACCAUUUUGAUGCAAAAAAAAGAUUUUAUUUCUGUUUCAUUGCAUGAUUUGUUUUUAUUGUUUGAACAUUAUAUACUGUAUAUAAAUAAGUGUAAAAAAUGAAAUGUGAUAUCUAUACUACAAACAUAUAUAUAUAUACACGCAAAUAACUAUGGAAAAACUUCCUUUAAUUAUCAUAUUGGUAUUCCAUGUGUCUGUGGAGCAUUUAAAAGAGCAAUAUUGAAUGAAAUAAUAUAUAUAAUUAUAUAUUCAUAUGUCAUAUGUAAUAGAACAUUGCUUGAGAUU